AUGAUUGCCGUAGGUACUCAUCAUACUAUCCGCGCUUCGUUCAAGAAAUACACUUUCGACGGCAGAAUUCUUCCUAAAUCCUUUGGAUUGGGAAAACAUUCUCCAGACCAGUGUAUACUACCAACGCAGGUGCACUCCACAACUUUCUGUUUAGCCAUUCAAACAUUCUCAGCACAUCUACCAAAGACGCGAAGAUGUGCAUCGUGCAAAAAGCCGAAUUUCGAGAGUGCCACCAUUUUCGAAUUCCGGGCGUCACUCUCCAGCGAUGUGGAAAUGUACCAUGCGGCCAUUCUUCUUACGCCGAAGGUGUUGCAAUGCUGGAAGGUUCUUGUUCAAGCUGCAAAUACGGACGAAGCAAUAACAUCCCUAAAGGUAUGUAUCGAGUCAAUAACGGAUUCCGAUGUUAGAAGUCUCAAGACUAACGUGAUAAAUAGUAGAGAACCGCACCUCACAGCCCUGAGAACUCGUUUCGGUAACUAUGGGGACCUAUGCGAUUCAGACGUGGGUCUUUCAGUCGCCUUGAGUAGCGGAAGACACUACGAUGAGAAAUUGGCUGAGAUAACAUUUUGGGAAAAGCAACACCAACGGAUGUACUUUGGACCACGCUCACCUAGAGAUGAAAGAGCAACGGCAAUGCAAGAAUAUUCGCGAGCAUGCUCUUGGAGAACCCAUGCUGAACGCCUAGCACUCUUGAGUCAGAUCAAGAACCAGCAACAACAGGAGUCACAGGCACAAGCACAAAGGGAAUCGAACCCUCGGCGCAGACUGGACAUUCUGGCUAUUGCCGAUAGAUGGCGAGAAACGCGGAGACUUGGAGGGACAAUAGAGACAUUGCAAGCAAUGAACGAGGCUGAGUAA